AUGGCAUCCGCUGCUCGCCGACGGCCUUUCGCUCAAUCUCAUCCCGAUGAUAAGUGCGGUGACGGGAUGUGGGAAGCAUACCUCAACGUCAUGGAGGAGGAAGACAGUGCAAACGUGGAGAGCUGGAAUGGAUCUACCACGGGUAUCCUGACCUUUACAGGUCUCUUUGCAGCUACCGUUGCUGCGUUCUUGAUAGAAAGCUACAAACUGCUCUCACCUGAUACGGGUGCGCAAGCUGUGACUCUCCUCGCCCAGUUGGUGUCCAUGUCCGAUCCAAACGCUACCCUAUCUGUUCCUGCGGUUGAUAUUCAAUCGGGACCCUUCCAAGUGUCGCAGACAGCUGUUGUCGUGAACAUCUUUUGGUUCCUUAGUCUCAUCAUUGCGCUCGUCUGCGCGCUUCUGGCAACACUAAUACAAGAGUGGACCAGAGAAUAUCUUCGCGAUACUCAGAAACGCUCUCAGGAUAUGACUAUCCAGGAGUAUGCCUUGAAUCACGUUUUCGUCUGUAUGGGCGUCGAGCGCUACGGGCUUGACAAUGUGGCGUUUGUCAUCGUCGCUCUGAUGCAUACGGCUGUCACGUUAUUCUUGUCACAGGCGCCACAGUUAUGA